CUCGUCAAAACAAAGCGGCGGAGCUUCAUGAAUGAAGUGUCGCUCCGCAGCUUCACGUGCUGCACACUGAUGCCCCGCGUGGGUGCGCCGGCUGGCGGCCGAUGAGCACCGGACGGUAAAUACCUCGAUCCGUACUGAACGAGUGUUCGAUCCCCGCGGGAGCGCAGGAACGAUGCUUGAUGGACUCCGACGGAGGCGGACCUCUCGGCCCUCUCCACGCCCUCUGUCACUCAACUUCACCACCUUCUCAGCCCCUCCCCCAAGCCCAGACAUGGACAGUGGCGCCGAGCAUCCAAUCAGGAGGACUCUGCACAGGCUGAAACUGAUGAGCUCCCCCAGCCUCAGUGAGCUGGGGAAGAGUGAGAAAGGUUCACCAGAGGACCGGGGGGAGAAGCAGAAGAGAGCAGGCGCUAAUGCCACCUGGAAUAGCAUCCACAAUGCUGUUAUUGCCGUCUUCCAGAAGAAGGGUUUGCCAGAUAAUGAACUCUACAUCCUCAAUGAAGGCGUCCGGCAUCUUUUGAAGACUGAGCUGGGGUCUUUCUUCACAGAAUACCUUCAGAACCAGCUGUUGACCAAAGGAAUGGUCAUACUACGAGACAAAAUAAGGUUCUAUGAAGGUCAGAAGUUACUUGAUUCACUGGCAGAGACCUGGGACUACUUCUUCUGUGAUGUUCUGUCUAUGCUACAGGCCAUCUUCUAUCCAGUUCAGGGUAAGGAGCCCUCUGUUCGCCAGCUCGCCCUGCUUCAUUUCAGGAAUACUAUCGUCCUGAGUGUAAAGUUAGACGACGCCCUGUCUCGACCACGGGCCCGUGUGCCCCCAUCUGUUACACAAAUGCUGCUCAUUCUGCAGGGGGUCCACGAGCCUCGCGGUGUGAAUGAGGAGUACCUUCGGUUGGAGUCCCUGGUUCAGAAGGUGGUCACCCCUUACUUGGGUACCCACGGGCUUUACUCUGGAGAUGGUACUGAUGCCAAUUGUUGUAUUCUGGAUAAGCGCUUACAGUGGUGUUGGCCCAAACCUUCAGAUCAGCCCUCAAAAAACCCGGUAGUUCGAUCUAAAAGCUACAACAUCCCACUGCUGCUGACCCCAGUGGCUGAAUAUGACCCGGAUGCAAGUUUGCUUAACAGUGGAGGAAUUCGACGCCACUCCGCCUGUGAGAUCAUAUCAUGUCUGGAGGAACAGGGUCUAGCGUACGCUGACUUGGCCUCAGGGUCUGAAUUGUCCAAUUCAUCCAACAGGCUGUGUGUGGGCUCCCAUUUUAAAGGUAUUGUACAAGCAGGACCCAGUGCCAUGGACUUACCUCUUUCAUCACCAUCCAUCCUUCAUUCCUCAGGAGCCCUACACGGAACUGAGGCCACAACAACAAUGACUGACCUAAGUAAAGGCAUAUCUUCCACACCACCCAGUGAAUCUUCCAGCCCUGAAACCAUAAUUGGACAAAUUGUAGACUCUGUGGACUCAGAUUCUGAUGGGAUAUUUAUUGAUUUCCCACCCCGCUCAUCAGAAGCAAUGGGGUACAGCCUUGAGAGCAGGCAGAGCACUGUGUAGCUGUGGUUGCCUUUGGCGACACGGCCCCCAAUGCAUACUGUGAUAUUCUUCCUCAAA